GCCCUGCCCAAACCCAGGCUCUGGGCUGAGCCAGCAUCGGUAAUACACUGGGGGAACCUGUGAUCCUCUGGUGUGAGGGGACUCUGGAGGCCCAGGAGUACCAUCUGGAAAAAGAAACAAUCCCAGUACCCUGGGAACAAGAGAUGGCACUGGAGUCUGGAAACAAGGCCAACUUCUCCAUCCCAUUGAUGGCCCAGCACCGUGCAGGGCAAUAUCACUGUUACUAUCAGAGCCCUUCUGGCCAAUCAGAGCCCAGUGAGCCCCUGGAGCUGGUGGUGACAGGAGUCUACAGCAAGCCCAGCCUCUCAGUCCUGCCCAAGCGUGUGGUGCCCUCCGGGGCAAUCGUGACCCUCAAGUGUAGGUCACAUGUGAAGUCUGACAGGUUUAUCCUGACUCACCAAGGAGAAGACAAGCCCUCCUGGACAGAGCCCUCACAGUGAGGCCAGAUGGGGAAGGUCAAGGCCCUAUUCCUUGUAGGCCCUGUGACUCCCAGAUAUAACUGGACAUUCAUAUGCUAUGGCUACAUCUUGAGUAUAUCCCAGGUGUGGUCAGAGCCCAGCAAGCCCCUGGAGCUGUUGGUCUCAGGUGCGCAGUCUGUGAGUCCAGCAUAGCUGAGCUCAGGGUUCCUCUGUGCCUCCUCCCAGGACAGCCCUGGCCUGGGAGGGCAUGAGGUCCUGUAGGGAGAAGCACCCAGAGGUGGACUCUUCCUAGGCACACUGUCACCUCCCACCCUACCUCUAUGGAAUGUGCUUUGUGAGCAGAAGCUGGUCUGGGGAGGCCAUAGCACAGGCAGAGGAGAGGACGAGGUCCAUCCUCAGGGCAGCCCUGUCCCUCACUCCCUCAAAUGUUCAUCCCCAGGAUGAACCAGGUCCCCACCCUCAAUGCCCAGCUCGACAGCAGGAGUCUCAGGCCCUGUUUCAGUUUCCUGUGUCCAGGGUGCCUAGAGAUGCUCAGCCCAUCUCAGUCCUGGUUUCAGUCUCGGCUCCACUGCCAUCUAAGGGCAGAGAAGAGGGACAGGAACCCAGAUGCCCAGAGGCUCAGAAUCAGGUCUGCAUGGGGUGGUUUCAAAACUGAGGGAGAGGUUGGGGUUCAGCUUGGAGAGGAUCAGCAGCUGAAGUGGGGAGCAAGGAGCCCAGCCCCCCACCUCCCCAACUCUCUGGGAUGCCCUGAGGAUCAGCCCCUUACCCUAUGGAGUUGGGGCUUCAGAGCAGAAAGUGAGAGCCCUGCUGGGAGGGGUCCAGAGCAGGGACUGAGCUGUGGCUCUGCUGCAGCCUCCUCUAGAGAUGCUGACUCUCGGAGCAGCCCCUCCUGUGUGGGCCUCAGUUUCCCCAGUGCAGAGGAGAGGCCUGGCCUUGACCAAGUUCCUCUCAGUGCUGACUUUGCUGUGAGCCUUGGAUAGGUGGCCUGCCAGGGCAGCCUCCAGGACCCCACACUGCUGUGGUCCUGUCUCUCUGCACAGUGACAGUGACAAUGUCCAAGGGAGAGCACAGGGCCAAGGCAAGGUAUCCAGGCUCCUUUUUAGAUCAGAAGGCUCAGCUCUGCUGGAAAGAGCAGAGUGGAAGUCCGGCUUGCCUGGUUCCCUUGGGCUGGUUUCCCUGGGCUGGCAGUUCCUUCUCUACUCCUUUGUUUCCUCCUCAGCAAUCUGCAUGAGGGGGUUAAUGAUCCCAUGUGCAGUGCUGUGAGAGUGUGAGGGGGGAUGCAAAGGCCCAGCGUGGGCAGGUGCCAAACUAGGUGCUCAGCGAAGCGGCAAUUUUCCUCUUUCAAGACAGCACCCCUGGCCCAGGUCUGCAAAAGUAUUUGACAGUCCUGAUGGGGGUCUCAGUGGCCUCCUCCUUGGUGCUCUUUGUCCUCCUCCUCCUCUUUCGAUUCUGGCGUCAGAGAAGAAGCCAGAAGGCAGAUGCUGCUGUGCAGAUCACAGAGCCUGAGGGCAGGGUGGAGCUGGACACUCCGAUCCCACCUGAUGAGGACCCUCAGGGAGUGACGUGUGCCCAGGUGAAGCACUCAGAACCCAGGAGGAGUGGGGACUUCCCUCCUUCACUCAAGGAUAGACAUUCAGGGGAAGACAGGCAGAUGGAUGCUCAGGAUGCUGCCAGUGAGAGUCCACAGGAAGUGGCCUAUGCCCAAGUGGGCAGCUGGAUGCUGGGACAGGGGACAGCUGUGCCUCCUUCCUCCCAGGACGUGGCCCUCCCAGCAGAGUGCAGUGUAUAAGCUGCUUAUUAGGGACACCUAAAAGAGACCUCCAGAUAUUCUGGAACCCUCUGAGACUCGCCUAAUUCUAGUCAGAGAGAGCUCACAUCUCUGUGUGCUGGAAAUAAAAGUCAGAGAUUCUUCCAUAACCACUGAGUGAACUGCGAAACAAAACCCCAGGAAAGAAUGCUUGAAAUGAGUGAUGAUGUUAAUGACAGCAUGAUACAACAUGAGUAGGAAACAAGAUGAAGAACCAUAGGCAAAUAUAUUAGAAAACACUCUGCACAAAUCAUCACUUCAAAAAGUUAGAAAAAUAUACAAUAUAAUUCUAAGUAAUUCAAUGAAAAACUAAUAUUAGCUACAAAUGAGAACUUAAGAGUGGACACACAUUUCAACAUCAGAAAAUAGCUGCUAUCAAGACAGAGUCCAUCUGUUUUAUAGGAGUAAUAUCAGGAUGUUAGGAAUAAUUUUUGCCAACAGGUCAAAAAGAUAUAGGUGGAACUGACCAA